GAUAGAGAUGGAGGAGGAUCGCAUGUCAGUUCAGUUUCUGUUUCACACCCCCAAUGGAUCUCUAAUGCAGCUCUGUAUAACAAUAUAUAGCACGAUCUAUCUCUAUCAAUUUGCUGCUGUGUGUUUGCUUUUGGCUCCAUUAAGGUCAGCCACUCAUUCACUCAUUCACGUCCAACGCCUCGAGAAGUCUCCGGACCGAAGAUCACAUAACAGAACAGAGCUAUGCGUUCCCCACAUCAUAUCACGCGUCUCCACAUGGAUAAAUGUCGGACCCAGUCGGGCAGUUGACAACAAUCCACCCACACCCACAACCACGCCCACAAUCCCCAAGCUCACCCACAGCCCCAACAUCUUCAUCCUCGCCUAGUUCAAUUACUGUUCCAGCCUCCAGUGUUCAGCGCUGACAGUCAAAGGUUAAACAUUAACAUUAAACUAAUCUCAACACUCGCCAAAGAUGACGUCGUCGGAUACUGAGUGGACAGCAGGAAGUCUGGGGUCAGCAUCGGAGGUCACAGAGAAGCCAUUCAACGCCCGCCCUUGCAACAGAAGAGGAAAGCAGGAAGGGAAACUUGGAUAUUCUCUGAAUUUCGAUUAAAUCUUCUCUUGAGUAUGUGAGACAUAAUUCUCAUUAAACUCUCUCUGGAAUAUUUUAAAUUGAGCUGAGCACUAACUUAAUUAUUAUUUUAAUUCGAAGUGGACUUUCUUCUGAAUAUGCUAAAUUAAUUUCU